CUAAUUAAGAACUCACUGAGCUGGAUCUGCCAUGCUCAACAAGACUACAGGUGACCUGAGACUCUUGUAAAGCACAUACCUGUCCUGUACAGGUAGAUUGUAGUAUUUCAGUAGGUUACGGUCUCCUAGAAGACAUAACCAAAAUCUACCAAUAUCUUGUUGGAAUAUACCUGUACCAGUUAGAGUAUAAGGGUCAUGUUUAGGAUGAAUCAGGGUUUGUGAGAUGACUUGAAGGCUAUAGUCACACCUAUACACACACAGCUGAAGUAAAACCACAUCAGAUAUUUUGUGUAAAAUAACUGAAGAAAACCAGAAUGCCGUAAUUGGUGAUUCAUUUGAUAUUAUCUGGGACCAUAGUUAAGGAUUAAUAACCAUGGGAUCAUCAGUCCUAGAUUUUGGGCUCUCUCUUGAACAUGAUAUCGACGAACAGUACCAAUACACACCAGGCGAGAUCGUCAAGGGUACCAUCAACAUUGAAACUAAUGGCCGCACCUCCAUACGAAAAAUAUCUAUCAACAUUCGUGGAGAGGGGGUAGUGGCCUGGGAGGAUCAGGUAAAUGGGUCAUUCAAGGCCAAUGAGGAAUACAUCAAUGCAACUCAUAUUGUUGAAGAAAGCCGAAAUCCAGAGCCAAUUAUAUUAGAAAAAGGAACCCAUCAAUUUGAAUUUGAGUACAGACUUCCCGAUAACCUGCCUUCCUCCUUUAUUGGUAAAUUUGGCAGUGUGACCUAUGUUUUCAAGGCUUGUGCUAACGGAGAUCGUCCUGGAGAGACCAGUAUCAUAAGUGAACCUUUUCUUAUCCUUCGCAAUUGGCCACUCCCGGAACAAUUCAGACAAGGUGCCUCAGCAAAGAUUGAAAAACGCAUAUGGAGAAAGUUGACAUGUGGAAAAGUUAAGCUUUCGGCUAACAUAAACCGAUUAGGAGGUACACAAGGGGAGGAUCUUUAUAUAAAUGCUGAAGUGGCAAAUAGAUCCCCUGCCAGAAUCAUUGCCAUGCAGACCUCACUCAUCAUGAACACUCUCUAUCUUGCUCAAAAUCGUGCUAUACCUUUCCGCCAAAUCGUCAAUAAGCGAAGGGAUGAGUACGAACUGUUGCGUGGUGAUGGACGGCGCUGGCAAAAUGUACGUCUGUCUAUCCCUCCAUAUAUACCCGAAACCAGACUGGAGUUUUGUGAUAUCAUUGAGGUCUCUUACACCCUUCAGUUCAGGAUAGAAAUCGCGGGCGGGAAAGAAUUGAAAAUUGAAUUUCCAUUUAUGGUCGGAUCCAUGCAAGAUGGUCAUGAAACUACGUCGCGUAAUAAGAACGAGAUCAUGAAUCGUCAGUGGACUUUGAGCUCCAAGGAGCUCCAAAUGGGUCCCCAAAGUGACCACCCCGAACCAGAUUACGACCAGGACAGAGACUGGUAUCAUCAGAAUGUGCCAGAACUUCGCCCAGAAGAUUCAAAGGUCAUGAACCCAUUGUUUCAGGAUCAAGAAAAAAAGAUUACCCACAAAAACAUAGAAAACUUCCAACCCACGCUGGAUGAGCUUCCAGAGGUUAUUGAAAAUACAAAACUUUGAUAUCAGGAAUGGACAUAGCAAAUUUCCACAACACAAUGGACUCGUUUUGAAAAUUGUUACAUAUUUAAACACUGAACUAUGAAAAAAGGCAUUUGAUAGAAUAUGCACAACCACUAUUUCGGGAUAAGUGAGAAAUUGUGCUAAGACAGUGAUGAAAAGCAGAAAAUUUUCUGUUUGAAAGUAUCUUUUUACAUGAAAAGACACAACUGGAUUGGACUUAGACAACAGAACAAAGGAAUUCAAAGCAAUAUUGUGAUACAUAUAUACAUGUAGUAGGGAGAGAAGACCAUUAGCAUUAAAGCUAGAGUACUGUAUUUCAUUUAUUAGACAUUUAGCACAUUUUUUGUAGGUUUGCUUCCAGGUCUUUUUCCAGAACUGUCGAACACAGAAUUGUAACCUAAUCUGAAAGUUUGGUAUUAUGACUGAAGCUAGUUGAUCAUAAGAUUACAGGGUAUUGAUCUUAUUGGAGGUGUAGAUAUGGCAGUAGAUGUUGCCGACAAAUACAUAAGUGCUUAUUGUAAUUCAGUAUGAAUGUUAAUUUUUGCUAUGGAUUACCUUGAAUAUAAUACUAAUGAUUGCCAUAGCUUCAGAUAACUUAAUUUUUGUAUGGUAGGUUAAAUUUUACCAUUGAUUCUAUAAAAUAAAUUGUAUGGCUAACAUUAUGAAUAAAUUCAGUAAAUGAAGUCAUUAAAAUAAACUGUCAAAAAAGAAAUAGUAUUCUCUAUUUGUGCUUUUAAUGUAUGACAUCAAACAUUCAAUCAUUUUCAGGUGCUUGUAUAAAGGGAAUGAUUGCUUUUAAGGCUUUUAUAAAUGUUGUUACAUGUGAACACUAAAACGUUCUAUUCACCAAUUACAUCAUUUAAAUUCUAUUGUUUAGUUUGACUUAUUCAAUACAUGUAUAUUUUAAUCCUGAAAAUCAAUAACUCUAAAAAAAAAAAGUUAACCUGAAUCUCUUUUCACCUAAAUCUUUCAUUUUGAAUUGUGGUUUCACAUUAAGUAAGAGCUGAAUGAACCCAAUUUAUUACAAUUGUAACUUUUGGAGAGGAUUUGCCAUAAAAAUGUAAAUACCUGGUACAUACGCAUGUUUUCUGUACAUUAAUGUUUAAGUAUGUGUAAUUCAAUGUAAGUUUUUUUAUAUUUGGUGUCAAAUCUACAAUUGUCAAACAAUGUGUUUUGUGUACCACUUCAUGACAGUUUAAAACUUGGGAUAUUUAUAUUGCGUUUUGUUUGUUUUUCUCAGAUAUUGGUUAAGACACAAAACAGCAUUUUUUGGUCAUAUACAUAAAAUGUACAUAUAUGUAUACCAUAACUUAUAUAUAUCAUUAAAAUAUUCCCAUCACAU